AAGACUGCAACUUUCUAUAAAGAAAGAGACACCCACUCCCGUCCCCACAUUUCCAUUCAUUUUUAACAUUUUUUCUCUCUCGUAUUUUCUUCACUCACAAAACUCUCUCUGCUUUUUCUCCUUUUUGGAUUAUCACUAAGCGAAAAUGCGUGAGAUCCUUCACAUCCAAGGUGGCCAGUGUGGGAACCAGAUCGGUGCCAAGUUCUGGGAAGUUGUGUGCGCCGAGCACGGCAUAGAUCCAACUGGGAGGUACCAGGGUGAGUCUGAUCUUCAGCUGGAAAGGAUUAACGUGUACUACAAUGAGGCGAGUUGUGGGAGGUAUGUGCCUCGCGCUGUUCUCAUGGAUCUUGAGCCUGGUACCAUGGACAGCGUUAGGACCGGUCCCUACGGUCAGAUCUUCCGUCCGGACAAUUUCGUUUUCGGUCAAUCUGGCGCCGGGAACAACUGGGCUAAAGGGCAUUACACCGAGGGCGCGGAGCUUAUCGAUUCCGUGCUCGAUGUGGUCCGUAAAGAGGCUGAGAACUGCGAUUGCUUGCAAGGAUUUCAGGUGUGCCAUUCUCUAGGAGGAGGAACUGGAUCUGGUAUGGGUACCCUUUUGAUUUCCAAGAUCAGAGAGGAAUACCCAGACCGAAUGAUGCUCACUUUCUCUGUUUUCCCCUCCCCAAAGGUCUCCGACACCGUCGUUGAGCCUUACAACGCAACCUUGUCCGUCCACCAGCUCGUUGAAAAUGCAGAUGAGUGCAUGGUUCUUGAUAACGAGGCUCUUUACGACAUCUGCUUCCGGACCCUCAAGCUCACAACCCCAAGUUUCGGAGAUCUGAACCAUCUGAUCUCUGCAACCAUGUCUGGGGUUACAUGCUGUUUGAGAUUCCCUGGCCAGCUCAACUCCGACCUUAGAAAGCUCGCCGUUAAUCUAAUCCCCUUCCCUAGGCUCCACUUUUUCAUGGUGGGUUUCGCUCCCUUGACCUCCCGCGGUUCCCAGCAGUACAGAGCCCUGACUGUACCAGAGCUCACUCAGCAAAUGUGGGAUGCGAAGAACAUGAUGUGCGCAGCAGACCCACGACACGGUCGCUAUCUCACGGCCUCGGCUAUGUUCCGGGGGAAAAUGAGCACCAAGGAAGUCGAUGAGCAGAUGAUUAAUGUUCAGAACAAGAAUUCCUCUUACUUCGUGGAAUGGAUUCCGAACAAUGUCAAGUCCACUGUCUGUGAUAUCCCACCAACAGGGUUGAAAAUGGCAUCGACUUUCAUUGGGAACUCUACUUCUAUCCAGGAAAUGUUCCGCCGUGUGAGUGAGCAGUUCACGGCCAUGUUCAGGAGAAAGGCCUUCUUGCACUGGUACACAGGGGAAGGCAUGGACGAGAUGGAGUUCACUGAAGCCGAAAGCAACAUGAACGACCUGGUCUCUGAGUAUCAGCAGUACCAAGAUGCCACGGCCGAUGAGGAUGAGUACGAGGACGAAUACGAGGAAGAAGAAGCUAAUGAAGUGUGAUGUUGUGAGUGAUAUAUCUGCAACAAGCCGCAACUCUCGGUUGCCAGUCUCUGUCAAAAAAGUGGGGUUAUUCCGGGUAGCUUUAGGCCUCAUAUUGAUGUCAAUCUUAAGUGUUUUCCUGGUUUUUUGUUUUUCUGUAACAUUGCACUCGAGGAGAGCAUGUGCGUUCAUAUAAUAUUCUUAGGUGAAGACUUGAAGUUUAUUUAUCUAUAUAUAUUGAUGCUGCUUAUCUGGAUCAA